GUUUCACUUACUCGUGUUUGUCUUGAACAGAAUGCUUUUGUGUUCAAUGGUACUUACUUUCGAAUGUCUGAAGGUUUAGCAAUGGGUAAUCCUUUGAGUCCUAUUUUAAGUGACAUUUAUAUGCACUAUUUUGAGACUAAACUUUUUGAAACCAUAACGUUUCCGUUCUAUGUUCGUUACGUUGACGAUUGCUUUGUUUUGCUUGGCCAAAACCAUGUUGAUAAUGAACUUUUACUUUCUACUCUAAAUUCUAUUGAUCCUUGCAUCCAAUUCACUAUUGAAAUGGAAACUGAUAGUUCUCUUUCAUUUUUGGACGUCUUUAUUACUAAAAGUAAUGAUGAAUUUAUGACUUCGGUGUUUCGUAAGCCUUUUGCUGUUACACUACCUCCUCACAAAUGUUCUUCUCAUCCUCCAAACCAAAAGGUGGCCUCAUUCAAGACUUUUGUGUUCCGUGCUUUGAACAUCUGUUCUUCCUCCGAUUCUUUAAAUGCUGAGCUUUCUUAUCUUAAAGCAGUGGCUUUCGAUCGUGGUUAUUCUCCUAGCAUCAUUGAUUCAAUUUAUAAUAAGUUAAUUAAACCCUCUCAUUCUAAAAAGGUUUCUGCUUCCAAUGCUUCGUAUACUAUUGUUUUGCCUUAUUAUCCAAAAGUUAGUCAUCAAGUUGCAAAGAUUUUGAAAAAAUUUGGUUUCGAUAUAGCUUUUUCUCCAGUUAAUAAGAUCAAAUUUACAAACUUAAAGGACCCCAUUGAUUGUCUUAGCAACUGGGGCAUUUAUAGCAUCUCCUGCAAGUGUGGACUUGGCUACGUUGGACAGACUAAACGUGCUCUCAAGCACCGUCUGAAAGAGCACGAAAACUAUGUUAAACAUAAA